AUGACUCUGUGGAACAAGAAACUGCGAGGCCUGAAGCAAAGGUUCAAGAGCGAAGAUAGUAACGCCGAAUCUCACAAGCCGUCCAAGCAAUACAGCAGAGGAAGAUCUCUACCGCUUGACGUUGAAGACGAGAGGCCGAAAGAAUCAAGUAGUGAUGGGUCUAUCGACAGACAACGCAGUGGUACUUUGCCCAGGAGUAGUCCCGUCCUCUCGGACGCUACGAGCUUUCCACCGCAGGCACCCGUGCGGAUGCCUGUACCCAUCAUUGCUAUAGAGGCUACUGCUUCAGCACCUGCAGCAAUCACUUACGCGGCUACAAUGCCGACACCGUCGAUUGAUUCACCGGCGAAGUCUCCCACUGACGUCGUGCAACAACUCAGUGCGUCUGGCGUAAUAGCACAGAUCAAUGCUGGGCAGCACAAAGCGCCUUCUAAAACGGAGAAAGUCAUCAAGAACAUCACUGAUACGAUUGCUGUAGGUACUGAUACCGUCGAGCAACUUUCAGGCGUAGCUCAGCCGAUUCAGCUGGGGUUGGAGUCAGGUGUGAUGCAAGGCAUCGAGACCAAAUUGCGUACGUUCUUUGAGGACAUCCCGUGGUUAAUGAAAGGGCUCGAUGAAGUCGCCAGGGUACACCCUGCGGUGACAGUUGUUGUUCUGGCUUUCAAGGCUGUUUACAGCAUGGAAAUGACUCGCCGAGAGAACGAUAAGAGAGUCCGGUCUCUGUACGUAGAGAUGAAAGAUAUGAUACACGUCCUAAUUCAUCUUCGGGACGUUAAGGAUCCGAAGGAUAAGGGGCCUGAUGGAGAGCCUUUAGAUGCUCGUUUGGAAAAGAUUUCAGAACAGGCUGCGAAGGAUAUCAAGGAGUGUGCCAAUGUCUGUGAUACGUACGCCAGGAAGCGACCAGUCGUACGGAUCCUCAAAGGUUAUGCUUGGGAGUCUAGACUCAUUGGAUACAUCGCUGUCUUCGAAAAGCGUCGUGCGCAGUUUGAGGAGGCACUCGCCAUCCGUACGGCGCGUUCGGUGGAUGCCAUGAGAACCUCUAUGAAACAAGUGGAAGCAAUCGUAACAUCUAUUGAUGACAGACUAGCCUUAUUUAUGAAACUGUUUGAGAAGUAUGUCCCAAAAGAUGAAGCACAGUUAGCCGAGGUGGUUAAGAAGAAGGGCGACAUUCGCUCGAUUCAAAACAACGAGAAAAUUCUGAGGGAACUGGUCGAGCUGGACAACAAUCUUGAAUCCAAUAAGGGUAGUGCUACACAUGAACGGGGAACGAAACGAGAUGCAUUCACCCUAAAGGACCUUCGUGAGGAGCUCCAUGAGGACACUGAGGUCGCCAUCAAGAACAACUUUGAGACCUUCCGUGGCAAGUUCGAACUCUACCAGAGGCAGCUGCAACAGGAGUUGGAGAAAUUCAUCGCGGAUAUGAAUAAUCGCCUUCUCAUCGCCGUGAAAGAAGGUCCCCAUGACAGAAUCAGAAAUGAGGAACUAAGAGAAAUGUGGAAGGAAAUGAACUGGCGACGUAACGUCAAAGCACGACUCUUUGUCAUGACUUUACGCGAUCAUUUUCGCGACAAACUUCAAGACAUGAAGCUCAUACCUGGCGACACGGAUACACUAUCUUCCGCCGAACCGCUGGGCCUCGAUGCUCUCGCGAAACGCAUUGAUGAAACAGGACCAACUCAGGCCACCACGCAGAAACUUCAAGCAAGCCUGAAGACAUUUCACGAACGUAUGCCGCGGUUCAUGAAAAGUCUUGAUAAGGUUGCCCAGCUGCAUCCGUUUACCACUGAUUCCGUAAUUGCCUUCAAGUCUGCAUAUACUUUGGAAAUGACUCGUCCCAAGAGCGAUGAGCGGAUCAUGUUACUUUAUGUUGUGAUGAAGGAUAUGAUGGGUUCUCUCAUACCACUCUGUGAUGCAAUGGGCGCGGAUGGCAUGACUCUCCAAGCGCAACUGGAGAAGACCUUGGCGCAAAUUUCGGCAGACAUCGAGCAUUGCGCUAAUGUCUGCGAUUCCUACUCGCGAAAAUCUGCUUUGCUCUUGGUUUUUCAACGACAAACUUGGGAAUCACGCUUGGCGGAAUACUUUGCAACCUUUGAGAACCAUCGUAUCGAUGUUCAAAUGGCCUUGGCUGCCCAUGGGGGCAAUGGUACGGUUCUUGUCGAGCCAUCAACAAAGCGCGACGAGCCAGAUACGCAGGCUAGCAAUCAACGACAGACGCUGUUUGGCAAGCUGUACGAUCAGCUUGUUCCGCUGAAGGAGGGCUCGCCUUGCUGA